AUGGCACAUAGCCUGGACAACCAGUGCCUGGAGCACCAACCUACACACACCAAGUUCGUCUCAACUGCCCACACUGCCCUCGCAUUUUCAGGCAUCGCUUGGGCCUAUUCAGUCACAUGCGCAUCCACGACGACCUGCGGUAGACAACCGCAGGUUACACCACACAUUCACACACUCCACCACCACACCAACACCAACACCAACACCAACACCACCACCACCACCACCACCACCACCACCACCACCACCACCACCACCACCACCACCACCACCACCACCACCACCACCACCACCACCACCACACAUCAACACUCACACACCUCAAGCACACUACUGCCACCUCCCACGCAAGUGGGAAGUGUGCAUCUCGAAUCGGUUCCCAUGCGACUUAGGCUGCACGGGUGAUUUGAGUCCGCGACUAUCCCGACACGUCAAGCGUCGUGUAUAGGAAGGUUGCUGAUUGAGGCCCGCUCUCGAUUCACGCAGUUCGUCACGUUGUGUGUGUGUGUUGUGUGUAGUGGCGGACUGGUGGGCUGGGAACGGUCUGCAACAGCACCUUCCACGGCACUCUCACGCAAGUGAGAGACACGCCGUUCAACCCCCGUUGUGUGAAAACCUGGUGUUUGUGUGUAUGGGGGCCAGGUCGUGCUGUGGCGCGCGCAGUCAUGGUCCGUCGACCAUGACAGCCACCGCGCCCACUCCCCACUCCAGUCUGCUGACCGGCUCGGACAGCGGCUGGGGUGUGGGAGUGGGAAAGGAGAGUGAGGUCGACGACUUAGCGCAUUUUCCUCACUAUAAACAAUCUGACGCGCUUGAAGCUAUCACGGUGCGCCUAAAGCCGUGGCUUGGAAGGUUGCCAACAGACGGGGUACCUUGGACCUCCUCUUUCACGAUAGGCGUUCUGAGAGUCAGGCUGCAAUGGCUCCUUUUUAAUGUGGCCUUUAUGGCACUCCCACCACAGCGUGGGAUCCGAGCCAGGCGUUGGCGGCACGCCUAGGUGCGGCUUCGGCCGUGCCAGCCUCCAAAUCUCUGUUGUGUUGGUUGAAAUCUUGGUUAUUGUUGUGUGGACCAGGGGGUGUGGUGGAACGCCAAGGUGAGGAUCCGUCCGAGCCAUCCAACUGCGGCCUCCCCCGUCUCCGGUCUUCUUGACUCUGUCUUGACACCGGGCCCAGGCGGGGGAGGAGGAGAGAGUGUAGGUAGAUGCUACGCAAGUCUACUGGCACUAUAAACCCCUGCGCAAGUCACCGUCCCUGCUACCACAAUGCAGUCUGUGGGGAACACGGUGGACAUCGUCGAAAUCGACGGUCGAACUGUCGUGUGUGUGUGUGUGUGUGUGUGUAUGUGUGUGUGUGUGGGGAGGGUGUCAGCGAUGGGUUCACGUGAUGGUCGUAGUGGUCGUUCACUUGCUUGAAGGUGAGACUACCCCCAGCGUCCAUUUCUUGGCACUCAACUCUCACAUGUGGCUCCACGUUGCUGGGUUCUGCUCAGCGGCCACUUUCGGGCAACAGCCUCGACCGGCGGGCUAAACCAUGUGAGGGCGGUUACCCCCUGCACGCGUUGUACCACGUGCACAGGGUACUGCAGACUCCGUUAACCGGUUGGCCGAAUGGAACACCGUGUCGUCGCCGUCGUGAAGAUGCCUCGUCUACGCCGUUGGUUACCUGGUUGGUGGAACGUCGCAGCGGCAUCGUCGAGAAGAGGCUCCGCUUGAUACACCAUUGGUCAGUUGGUGGGAUGGAACAUCGAAUCGGCAUCGCUGACACGUGUCUAUUUGGUGCGCCGUAGAAGACCGCAGGUUAACGGCAAUGUCGUAAGCCAUUGGCAUGUUCGAGUCGUUCCUCCACUGUCAAAAAAAGUCGUGGCCUACAGUGGAGUUCGGCCGCGCCGGCACAUCAAGCAGCCUUAUUCAGGGACCGGACACUGCUUCUUUUCGGAGGGGACCUGGAGAAGCUGACCUUAAAAUUGCUGGGGAACCACGUCGUAUGUAGGCGCACUGUGAUCGCAGACGCAGAACGCACGGUCUAAACAAUCAAAAUCGAGACAACAAUAACAAAAACUAUACUCAUUCUCCUCAUCCUACCUCUUCUUCCUCUCCCUCCGCCUAGUCUCCUGCCUAUUCUUUUCCUUCGUCACCUUCUUCUCCACCUCCUUCCCGUCGCCCCACCCGUUGUCACCAGACUGGCAGAGUGAGCCCACUCAAUCUGGCAGUCUGGAAUUUUCGUUCCCUUCUGGACAAUCCGAGGAGCAACCGCCAUCUAACUCUGACGCCUCUUCCGAACCACCAUUUCCAUCAUCAUCACCAUCAUCAUCAUCCUCCUCCUCCUCCUCCUUCGCUGCCCCAACGACGGCCGCUCAGGCGACAGUAACGCACAUCAGCCACCCUGACACAACAACCGACACCAUCCCCACUGCCUCCGAUUCUAGCUAUGAGGAUCAGGACUACACCUGCCCACACUGUCCACGCAAAUUCCCCUCUCGCAUCAGCCUGGUCGGUCACUUGCGAACCCAUCGGACAGAGACUGGCUAA